UUGUGUUUGCUCAACCGGCUGUAAUGGUGAACGACUGAAAGAGAAAAGCUGUGAGACUAAAUCUCAAAAAAGAAAGAGAGAGAGAAAAAAAACAGUCCCGGGUAAAACACUAUUGGUCGUGGCUCGGAAAUAAACCCCAGCGACUAUGGAUGAACUCAAACAUCAAGUUAUGAUAAACCAGUUCGUCCUGACAGCUGGAUGUGCCGCAGACCAGGCGAAACAGCUUUUGCAAGCGGCACAUUGGCAGUUUGAGACAGCCCUUAGUGCCUUCUUUCAAGAGACAAAUAUCCCGUACGGUCACCAUCAUCAAAUGAUGUGUACCCCUGCCAACACACCUGCAACUCCACCAAACUUCCCUGACGCCCUCACCAUGUUCUCGCGACUCAAAGCCUCGGAAAGCUUCAACAGCAGCAGCAGUCCCAGCAUGGCCACCUCACCUCCUCCACCUCCAGUCAGCUGGGGCAUGACCCCACCCAUGCCCAACCAGCAGGGCUUAUGGACUCAGGGGCCUUCCCCCCAACAAGCCCACCCGCCCCCAGGCUGGCCCUCAGCUGUCAACCAGCAAGCGACAACCGAACAGAAAGCCAGCGUCGCUAUGGAGGCCGAGAGAUGAGGGCCUGGACUACACAGAGCGAGGGUUGGGGAGGGUCAGGGGCACUCGUUUUUCUCUCACUCACCAAACAUGAAGGGGGAGAGCGUUCAACCAAGAAUAACCAAGCAACAUGGACAUUUACAGAAGAGGAGUGAAAGCCAACACAAAGGUAAUGAGAGAAAUAAAGAAACAAGCGCACAUUGUAUUACUAAGCAACUGAAAUUUACAGAGCUUUUUUCUAUAAUAAAAGAGUAGUUUAACGUAUAUGGGACUACGAUCAUUGCGCCUAUGGAUUAUUUCUGGUAUUUUCUCAAAGAUGGAUGUCUAGCAUCUAAGGCAGCAACUUUUCUCACAUUUUACUUUUUAUUCUUUAAUCUGGUGUUCUUAAUGCAAGACGCGAGUUGAGGUUGCAUGUGGAUUAGCGACCUGUUUUUGCGGUUUUUAGUAUUCAAUACAAGCAUUCAUGUGUACAGUGUGUGAAACUUACACACUCAAACAUUGUGUAUCGGACUUACAUUUUCUCUACCCGUUGGAUAAUGGGACUCUUUCGUACCUCACUGGUUACCUGACUCUAUUCAACCAAUCAGGGAAUCUCACUAGCUGAACACACUUUUUCGCACACAAACCGGAUUUUCCAUGAUGCUGUGCUUUGUCCAUUACACAGUAACUCAAUGAUAUCCUCAAAGAUUGUAAAUGUUGGUUGGAAAUCUGAUUCUGAAAUAUCUGGAUAUUUUAUAAUCAUUGUUCCUAGUUUUAUUUAAAUCAGUUUUUGGGGGAGCUGGUUUGCUGGUUUAGGGAUGUUUAUCUGAGUUUUGUUUCUCAGUUGAGGAGAGUAAAUCCAUGCCGCUAAAGCUACAUUAAACCAUACUACUGUACAACA